AUGGAGUCACAAUCUCAAUUUGUAGACAUAUUUGAUUCCUCGUUGAAUCUAGAGGAGACACACUAUAAAGAAGGCUAUGAUGAAGGGUACAAAGAUGGCUUAGUUGCUGGCAAAGAAGAUGCCAAACAAGUCGGCUUGAAAUCGGGCUUUGAGAUUGGAGAAGAACUUGGAUUCUAUCGUGGUUGCAUUAAUCUCUGGAAUUCUGCAAUGAAGGUAGCUCUGGCACAUUUCUCAACCCGAAUCCAGAAUUCUAUCAAGCAAAUGGAGGAUCUGAUCGAUAGAUACCCGCUUUUGGAUCCUGAAGAUGAGAGCAUUCAAGUGAUAAUGGAUAGUCUUAGGCUGAAGUUCCGGUCAUAA